UGAACAAACCCAUCUGCUGCGCCGGAUAAGUUCAUACUCCGCCAUUAUAAAAACUCCAGCCCGCCGAACUGAUCAUUCUGUAUCUUCUGUUUCUCUCUUAAAACCAGCCUUGGGUUGAAAUCGAGUCCUCUCUUUCCUCAUUGCCAAAAGCACUUUCGUUCACCCUUCUUACCUUAUACUACCAUGAAGUUCUUUGUCCUGUCCGCUUCUCUUCUCUCCAUCCUCCCUGGCCUGUACGCUUUGACGAUCAACACCCCCUCUGGUGUCACUGAGUGCGAACCCUCGGCGUUGUCCUGGAGCGAUGGUACCUCGCCAUACUAUCUAUCUAUUUACCCAGGUGGCGAAACCACGGGCGUCCUUGAAAGCUUCGCUGCGACCAACGACACUUCUUACACAUGGACCUGUGAUAUAGCUGCUGAUACGUCGAUCACCUUUGCUAUCAAAGACAGUACAGGUUCCAUAGCCUACACUGAUGCGGUGACAGUGGAGUCAGGUUCAAGUACCAGCUGCGCAUCUGUCACUGGCAACACUGACACUUCGACUUCUGGAUCUGGUUCCACCACCACCGCUACUGGCACCGACGCUACUACCACCGCUACCACAGGAACCACUACCGCAGGGACCACCAGCUCCAAGGCUACUUCGAGUAGCUCCAAGACUACUACGAGUAGCUCCACGACCACAAGUGCCUCCAGCGGUGCCAUUCGCAAUAGCGUCACAUAUGGUGUUGCUGGUUUCUGCGGUCUGCUUGCGGCCCUCCUCUUUUAAUCUCUUAACUUUGCCUACUCACGAUACUUGAAUGUGGAUGUCGGGCCUUCUUUAUUAGUUAUAACGGACUUAGUUUUCCCCUCCCGAAGCCCUUAUGACCGUUUCUUAUAUCUCUCCCGAUAUGGGAACGAAUCUUUUACUAGUAUUCUAUAUACGUUUACUCAAGUUUGAUAUCCUCUUCUUCGCUCUAUAGUCCAGUCCAGUCAAUGCCAUCAGAGUUUCAUAGGCACUUACUUUCAG